GACGCCGUCACUUGGGGUUCACCAUCAGUUAAUGACGGGGAACGGUGAUGAAAGUCAAUUACGCAUAAUACACCCAUUUUUGUACCCACAGUCACGAGGACCAUGAAACCUCCCGCCUUUUCUUUGCCUAUAUUCUAAAAGAUUGCUUGGUCGCCAGAUCUUUCGGACGCCUCUUUUCCGCUGACCUUGGGCCUUGCACAGGCUUUGAAUUCAGAGCUAAGCUAACUACGAUAAAGCUAUUCCGUGAUUCGAGGCCGUCGAUAUGUUUACGUUUACGCCGCUUCUUGGGGCCCAGUAUUCCCACUCGAAGGCGUCUCAGUCCAUUCUGGAACUUGAUGGAGGUGUCAAGAUCUUAAUCGAUGUUGGAUGGGAUGAGACGUUUGAUCCGUCGGCUCUCAAAGAAUUGGAAAAGCAUAUUCCAACACUCUCGCUGAUCCUUUUAACCCAUGCCACACCGUCCCACAUUGGAGCCUUCGUCUACUGUUGUAAAACCUUUCCUCUAUUUGCCCAAAUUCCAGUGUACGCGACAUACCCAGUUAUAUCAUUUGGAAGGUCCCUCCUUCAAGACCUGUACAGCUCUGCUCCCUUGGCUUCGACCUUCUUGCCGACAACAUCUUCGAUAUCAGAUUCGAAUGGCUCUAAUUCACUACCCACGCAAGACCCAACAGCCCCUGCAGGCGCUUUGACCGAAGGUGACACAUUGAAUUCCACUACAGCCGGAAAAAUCUUACUGCCCUCUCCUACUUCUGAGGACAUCGCUCGCCAUUUCUCUCUUAUCCACCCGUUAAAAUACUCACAACCGCAUCAGCCUUUACCAUCGCCCUUCUCUCCUCCCCUUAACGGUCUUACAAUCACCGCCUAUAAUGCUGGUCAUACAGUAGGCGGCACAAUAUGGCACAUUCAGCACGGGAUGGAAUCGAUUGUGUACGCAGUUGACUGGAACCAGGCGAGAGAAAAUGUGAUUGCCGGUGCAGCUUGGUUCGGAAGUUCCGGUGCAAAUCGCACAGACGUUAUCGAACAGCUUCGGAAGCCAACGGCUCUUGUCUGCAGUGCGAAAGGUGGUGAUAAAUUCGCCCCUGGUGGAGGCAGAAAGAAACGAGACGACUUGUUGCUUGACAUGAUUCGAAGUUGCAUCGCGAAAAAAGGAACUGUUUUACUUCCUACUGACACAAGCGCGCGAGUUUUGGAAUUGGCCUAUGUUCUGGAACACGCCUGGCGCGAGGCAGCUGAUGGUCCAGAUGGAGAGAAUUCGUUGAAAAAUGCUACCUUGUAUUUGGCAGGGAAAAAGGUUCAUAGUACUAUGAGACUUGCUCGUAGUAUGCUAGAAUGGAUGGAUGAAAGUAUAGUUCGUGAGUUUGAAGGUGGUGAUGGUGGUGAGUCCCUUGGUGCUGGAAGAUCUUCAGGCGCAGCAAGUGGACAGCAAUCAAAGGGAACUCCAGGCCAAACGUCAGAUAAGAAAAGUGCAGGGCCACAUAAAGGGCUUGGACCUUUCACGUUCCGGCAUCUCAAAAUUAUUGAACGAAAAACAAAAUUAGAAAAUAUCUUACGAUCAGAGGGGCCAAAAGUUAUCAUCGCAUCGGAUGCAUCUCUCGAUUGGGGUUUCAGCAAAGAGAUAUUGCGACAUGUAGCGCAAGGCGCUGAAAAUUUGGUGAUUCUCACAGAAUCAUCCGCUGGUCCAGCCAACCCGUCAUCGUCGGAUAGCACCGCAACGAUUAGAGAUAGUUUGGGCCAUACCAUUUGGCAAUGGUAUGGAGAGCGGAAAGAUGGUGUUGCCCUGGAAAAAGCUUCUGAUGGAGAGUUGUUAGAACAAGUUCACAGCGGUGGAAGAGAGUUGACAUUCAUCGAUGUCCAAAAAGCUCCUCUAGACCCUGACGAGCUAGUAAUUUAUCAGCAGUACCUGGCCACCCAAAGGCAGUUACAGAAUACGGCACAAGGACGAGGGGAAACGGACCUUGAAAAUGCUCCAGAUGCGCUAGACGAUGCCUCUAGCUCGACGUCAUCUGAAGACUCCGAAUCGGAACAGCAAGGCAAAGUUUUGAACUUUUCAACUACUCUUGCUCACUCCAAUCGAAGCAAACUGGCUCUAACGGAUGCGGAUUUGGGUGUGAACAUCCUUCUUCGACGAAGGAAUGUGUAUGACUACGACGUUCGAGGGAAGAAAGGCAGAGAAAGAAUGUUUCCAUACGUCGUUCCGAGAAGAAGAGGUGAUCAAUACGGAGAUUUCAUACGACCUGAAGAAUAUCUUAGGGCUGAGGAGCGUGAAGAGGCGCAAAUGCAGGUACAGCGGGGCCCCGACGGCCGGAUACAGCCCGCCCCAGGUCAAAAAAGACGCUGGGGCGAGACUGGAAAUGGCGACAGACUUGGCCCUAGCAAAAGGCAGCAGCCCCAAAAAGACCAGCAGGCGGACAUGUCAUUGUCUGGCAGUUUGGAUUUGAAUGGCGUAGAAGACUCCGAGGUAUCUGAGGAGGAGUCCGCGGGUCAGGAUGUUUCAGGGCCGACGAAAGCUACGUUGGUGCAUUCUGCAGUUAAUAUGAACGCUCGCAUUGCAUACGUUGACUUUGCAGGCCUGCACGAUAAGCGGAGUUUGGAGAUGUUGAUUCCCCUGAUUCAGCCGCGGAAAUUGAUUCUUAUCGGCGGAAUGAAAGAUGAAACCAUCGCGCUUGCUUCGGAAUGUCGAAGUUUGCUAGCGGCAAACGCUGGUCUGGAUGGUGCCACUUCUAAACCAGGCGUUGAUAUUUUCACCCCUCAACUAGGAGACACCGUGGAUGCUAGUGUUGAUACAAAUGCUUGGAUGGUUAAGCUUAGCCGCGCGUUGGUUCGACGUCUUAGGUGGCAAAAUGUCCGGUCAUUAGGAGUGGUUGCUCUUACCGCGAAUCUGCAAGGGCCCGAUGCCGCUACCCAGAACGACGACGUUGAGGAACCGUCGAAGAAGAAGGCUAUGUUGCAAAAGGGUGCCGACAUCCAAGGACCAAACGUGGUGGAAAGCCGAGCUAAUGAAACCCUGAUCAAGAAAGAAGUUUUCCCCCUUCUCGACGUCCUACCGCCAAACCUUGCUGCCGCGACCAGGUCCUUAUCCAAGCCGCUUCAUGUGGGCGACCUUAGAUUAGCCGAUCUCAGGAAACUUAUGCAAGCCUCUGGGCACUCUGCAGAGUUUCGAGGAGACGGCACACUACUUAUCGAUGGCUUCGUCGUUGUGAGGAAAUCUGGGGCUGGAAAAAUUGAAAUCGAAAGCUCCGCACGUGCUGCCACAGUCAAUCCCAAAGCAUCAAAAGGUGGUGAAGGAACUUUUUUGGCAGUGAAACGAAAGAUUUAUGACUGUCUUGCCGUUGUCGCUCGAGGUUAA